AUUCCAGAAAGUGAUAACUACAGAUUGCAAAACAUAAUUUCAGCUUGGGCAAGAUAUGCAGCAUAUCUCAGGCUCUACAAUCCAUCAAUUAUCUAUCUGGCAAAGAACUGGGAAAUUGUUCAGCAACUUGCUGAGUGUGUUGAAUUUCUAGAAAUUUUCAUGCUUCGAAACAAUGGAGUUGAGCCUCUGUGUCAUCUCCUUCAAGUAUUUAUAUCAAAGAGACUGAAAUCUGUUGGAUUCUGUUCUUGCAAAGUAAACUCUGUUGAAUUGUGGAGUAAAAUAUAUUGUUCCUUGAUGCCAUUACAAGAAAAUGGUUGCAACAUAACUGACAUAGAAAAGGAGAAAAUUGUUCCUUUUGGAAACAAGGAUAAUCCUUAUCAAUUCCUUCCCGGGGAAUUACAUGUAAUUAAUGAAAUGGAAAAUUGCACAUCUCCUCCAAGUGUCUUAGAUGAUGUGGACAUUAAUUUUUAUGAGUUUACUGAUGAUGACUUGUCAUUUUUGCCAAAGAGAGAUAGAAAAUUCUCUGAAUCAUCCUGGAGUUGCACUGGAUGUUUACCUAAAUUAGGCACAAGUGAAGCCGCUUGCAAGUUCUACUUCAGAUCUCUUUGA